AUGAGCAACACCGCUAUUAACUCGAAGAAUUCGGAGUUUACGCCCAUUGGGUAUCUUUCGAACAAGCGUAGGAAAUUAUCAAAUGACAAGGAUGAAUUGAAAUCACCUUCCUCGAAAUAUAUAGCUAGUGGUGAUAAUGACGCUGAAUUGAGUUUUGAUGAAAACUUAGAGGAUCCCGGAGAUGACCAUAUACCUUCUAGAAAAGCACCUCGAUCUGCAGAUGAUGAUACCAUUAAUUCUAAUAAUCUUUUCACAGAAAAUUCACAAUUUGAUAAUGAUACUUUACCAGAGAUACCUGAUAUUACAAAGACAAAUAAUGUCAGUACUAGUGGUUAUAACAUGGAACAAUACCCAAAGAAUCUAUUGUCGAAUUUGAAUAAUGCUACAAUGUCUGAACCUAUUAAAGAACAACAGGAGAUGACAAAAUUGUUAUUAUCAGGUAAAAGAUUAUCUAAUGCUCAAAUAAAUUUUUUCUUACAAUAUUUAAAGAAUAGUAACAUCUUUGGGAAUAAUAAUAAUAAUAAAAAUUCCAAUAAUUCGUUAAUGGGAGAUUCUGGAGCCGAUCAGGAAAGAUAUAAUGCAUUAUAUGCGGAUUACCAAGUGUUACAAAGGAAAUAUUCAGAUCUUGCAGAUUCUAAUACUCAAAUGAAUGAUGAUAACGAUGAUACAAAUAAUGUCGAAAUCCCAGAUCAUAGUGAAUGUGAACUUAAACAGAAACAAUUGGAAGAUACAAUAGAGGGUUGUCAGAAAGAAUUAAAAAUUUUAAAAGAACAACAUCAAAAAAAGAUUCAAGAUUUAAAGAAACAAAAUGAAAAAUUGAAUGUAGAUAUUGAAACACAACGUGCUACAACAGAAGAUCAAAAAUUAGAUAAUGAUAGCAAUUUGAGAAAAUUGAGAGAAACAAUCCAUAAACUUGAAGAUGAAGCGCAAUUAUUAGAGAGAAAAUAUAAGACAAAGAUUAAUGAUCUUGAAAAUCAAUUGUUAGAUUUAAAAAAUGGUCAAAAACAUUCUGUAAGCGAACUAGAAAAUCAAUUACAUUCGAAGGAUCUCAAGAUGUCUACUUUUGAAUCACAACUUAAAGAUUUAACAGAACAAAAAAAUAUGACAUCACAGAAAUUAGCCACAGUAACAAAAGAACUUGAUGAUAAAACACAAGAAUUUGAUCAAUACAAGUCCCAAAUGAAUAAAAAACUUUCAACAGAAGAAUUAAAUGAUAAAGAAUUGCAUGAUAAUAAUAAAAAGAUAAUUCAAAAAUAUGAAAAAGAAAUUGAAACAUUAUCUAAAACAAAAGAUGAUAUUGAAAAAGAGUUACAAGAGUACAAAGCAAAAUUAAUUAAAACUGAGAAAAAUUUAAGUGUAUUCCAGGAGAAACAUUCUAUUGAGGUAAAAUAUUUACAUGAUUCACUUGAUAAACUAAACGAAGACUCUAAAGAGACAUCUGAAAAUAUAACAAAACUGAGAGAACAAAUAUCCAAUAAGGACAAAGAAAUAUCUCAAAAUGUGUUUAUGAUCAAAAGGCUAAAAGAAAAAAUUCAGUUACUCGAAACCAAUACUUCUCCCACAGAACGCCAUACUAAUUUAGUAAAGGAACUUGAUGAUAAAUUGGAAGAGAUUGAUCAAUUAAAGAAGAAGGUUAAUCACUUAGAAACUUCUAAGAACGACCAAAUAGAAGAAUUAGGCAUAGCGAACUCGAAAUUAUCAUUAUUAAAUAAACAACUAAAAGAAGCUAAUGAUGAACUUAAAACUACCCAGGAAUUACUGGAAGCAAUGAAAAAAGAUGCCAAUAAUAAACAAGCCACCUUAGAUGAGACAAAUAGAUUGGUAGAAACAUUACAAAAAAGUUUAAAGUCAGCACCCAGUGGUAAUGAUUCAACUUUGAUAGAUCUGAGACAAAAAUUUAAAGAACAACAAGAAAAAUUGAAACUUGCAGAGACUACCAAUAAAAAAUUACAUGAUCAAAUUAUUCAAGGUACAGUGAACUCAGUUAAUGAGGUAAACAAGGAUAUAGAGGAGAAAAAUGAACGUAUAAAAGAUCUAGAAAAUAACGUAGAUAUUUACAAACAACGCUUAAAGACGAUGGAGGGUCGAAUUAAAAACUAUGAGGACCUACUUGAGGAGUUGAAGGACCCUCAUAACGAAGCAUUGAACCAUCAAAUGGAUGAAAUUAAAAAGUUGACUCAAAUGUUACAAACCAGAAACAAAGAAAUGCAUAAUUUAGAUCUUCAAAUAGUUGGCCUAAAGAAUUCUAAUAAACUAUUGCAAAAGGAAAUGAUUGAAAAUUCGGUACAUAUGGAGACAUUAAAUGAACAAGAUAAGCAAAUCAAUACUUUGGAACUUAAUAUAGAAAAGUUAAAGAGAGAAUGCAAUGAACUAAAGAAAAUGAAUAAAGAACAGAUAAAUCAGAUUGAAGAUCUUCUGAAACAAAGGAAACUUGUUAACGAUAAUUAUAAUAUUGUCAAGAAUUUGAAUACGGAAUAUAAGAACGAACUACAAGCAACCAAAGGAGAGUACCUGAAUAGGGAACGUGAUUUAAAUGAGAGGCUACUUGAUUUAGAAAACAGCAACAUGAAAUUAAAAGCAGCUUUAAACAGAGAACAGUUAUCUAAUGAAUCUCGUUCGAGAGACACAGAUCUACGUGAUUAUUAUCGUUUGAAAUAUCAUAGAGAAGUACGCCAUAAUAAUGAUUUACGUAUGAUAAAUUAUUACCUAAAUCGUGUUUCCCAAAGGACAAGUAGACAAAUGAAGAUGGAUUACAGAAAAUAUAACAGAAUACUGUCAGAUUCCAAAAAAUUUGAAGAAUCAUUGAACGACUAUGAUUACAUAGAACAACCACGAUUUGAUCCAGGAUUGAGGUAUAAUUACAACAAUUCUUCAAAUACGAGUUCACGGAAUGAUGUAAGGCCUGGACCCUCUCGGUUUCCAGACAAUUCGAGUCCCUUAUACUUUAACUCACCAAGAUUAAAAUUCAAAACUGUAGCAAAAUUUGUACAGGCUUGUGUUCGAAUGAAACAAGUUGCACUAAAGAACCAUUGGGAUGAACAAAGGAUAAGACAUCUAGAAAGACGUAUCGAUUCAUCGGACAACAGUGCUAAUUGGACGUUAUAA